AUAAAAAAGUAUAAAACUCUAUCACUCUCUUCACUUUACAAAGGAAACUCUGAAUAAUUUGCCAUGUCUCUGAAAAUGUUUCAAAUUUUGGUGUCUGCUCUGCUGUUUACAGCUUCUGUGUCGAGUGUCCUUGGAGCACCCUUUCUGACAGAAGAGCCAGCGAAUCAAUUCAUGCGGCUCAAGCGACACAUUCCAUAUUCUCCCAGCUACUGGGACUCGAGCAGCAGCCAGAAGACGUGGGCACACACCGUGGCUGAGCAGAUUAGUGAAUCAUGGGCAGCUUUGAGGGAAACAGCACAAUACUACAUGGACUUGGACCCUUUUGCCUUCGAUCCUCCAACAGCUGUCAACAACAUCAGAUUCUGCAUGGAGCUACUACAGCAGUCUGGGACUCACCUCCAACAACAAGCUAUUAAAUCCUACACGUCUUGUAUCUGGCCAUGUUAAGAUAUUGCAUAUUAUGUGUUUGCCAUUAUGUAUUUGAUAAGAUGACUUUAUCUCAUCCCAUUUGGGUCUAAACCCAAACUAACACACUAAUUAUCUGCAUAAAUACUUCAUAUUUUAUAUUUGUAAGUAGAACUGAGAUGUAGGUCAUGGUAAAUUGAAUAAGAAGUUGAAGAAAACCAACCAUGAAGUUUUAGUGGGUUGGGUUUAAAAAUGCCUAGUGUUUUCAGGUAAGAUAUUCUUUUGACUAAACAAUUGUAGAUUCCUGUUUCUGGGACUGAAAACCACACUGUAUUUUCUCAGGAUUUUCCUUAAACACUAAACAUUUUUGAGAGUGAGAAAUGAAAAUCAGUCACUUUGGAUGGGUGAGAGAAGUACAGCACAUUUGCUUCUCUGUAGUUCAAGUGCAUUUCCAUUUUUUCAAGUACUAGUAGUAGGUGUUGCAGUACAUCCAUUCAUGUCAGUGCUUCUCUUUCCUUAUUUAAUCUUCUGUACUUGGUCUUGAAUGCCAAAACCGAGUGAACUCACAGCUACUACUGUGAGUUGUUUUUUCUUACUUCACAGAAAUAGGAAAUGGUAGAAACAUUCACAGCUCCUUUUCCAUAAAGAAAAUAGUGGUGACAAAUGUACUUUAUGUUCUUGAACUUGCAAGUUUCCUGGUUCCUAUUAAGGAAUGUACCUUAUUUCAGAAUGUCUUUGAAGAGAGGAUGAGGCUUCCAUGUUUCUUUUAUAUGUUAUUAAUAUAAUGCUAACAAUUAAAAGCUUUUUCAAACUUGGUCAAAAUUUCUGCAUGAAUAAAGAUGAUCUGUUGAGGAAAACAAAAUGUAUGGUAACCUGCAGGGUAGGUGAAGGAAGGAAAUUUUUGCUUGCUUUUUAUCCUCAAGGAGCAGUUUCUGCAUGUUGUGCUUUAAGAAUUCUUUGUGAAUAUGGACUGCACACUAACUGGAACAAAUUUGGAGAUAAUGUUGGUUCUUCUAGAAAGAAAUCCACAUUCUAGCUUUUUGGCAAUCUCUACCAUGCUUCUAGGUAUGAAACUAUCCUCAGGCCAUUAUUAAUUUCCCUGCAUAGAACAAUGGGCCUGAAAUUGCCAUUAUUCAUUAGCUGAAGAUGAAAAUUCAUUAAACACUUGAAAGAGAUAAAUGAGGUGCAAGUUCACUCUUUGCCAUGUAGGAUUUCACAUCUUUAGUCACACUGCUUAAUUAUGUACAGUUCAUUCAAAGAUAAGGGGUGACAAGUGAUGUAUAGGCUAAAGACCUCACUGGUUAAACACAGUCAUGG